AGAAGCAAGUAUCUCCCGUCAAAAAGCACAACAAGAAAACGCAAACAGAAUGAGUCCCAGCUUUACUACUGAGGCCAGCCAGCCUCUCCCUGCAAGGUCCACCGUGGCCCAGAGAAAACAAGCCAACGAACUUAGAAAGACUCUUAAACCCCUGCUGGAGAAGAGAAGACGGGCUCGCAUCAAUGACAGUCUUAAUCAUUUGAAGAGCCUGAUUUUGCCCCUUGUUGGCAAAGACAACGCACGCUACUCCAAGCUGGAAAAAGCGGACGUUCUGGAAAUGACAGUCCGCUUCCUCAGAGAUCUUCCUUCCACCCCAGUCAAAGACUCCGCAGACAGUUACAGAGAAGGUUACAAAGCUUGCCUCCAGCGCGUUUCCGCGCUGCUUCCCAAAAGCCUGGACCAGGAUGCGUGCCAACGGGUGCACGACUUCGUCCAGCAGUCCAUGACCGCCACCGUCACUCCAACCUGCCUGAACUGCUGUGCCCAGAGCUCCAGGACUUUACCUCAGAUCCAAGAGAAAAUUAUGAGCCUCAAAUCCAGCUUCACCUCCAGGCUGGAGACUCAGCACCGCAGCAGCAGCGCAGUGGCUCCAAGCAGAGCGCAGGCAGACCCGCAGGCUGUCAGCGCUGCUAUGUGGAGACCUUGGUAGAUUAGAUGGACAGUUAUCUCACGCCUGUUUAUUUUGUGCUGUUUACUAUUUGUACUAAAUCAGUGGUAGUUUUAGUGAGUAAGGUGAAGAAGAAUUGUUGGAGCUGUAUAUAAGUUUAAGUCAUUUUGCGUUUAAUGCCAGAAGGCUCGAGCACAGAUAUCAAAGAAACUGAAGUCUUUGAACUUAAAAAAUGCAAUCCUCUUUGGGGUUUCAGAGUUACGGGUUGUAGACAACACUUUUGUAAACCCCACGGGUUAUUUGUUUGAGGUUUGCACGAUUGACUUAAAUGUAUUUUGGUCUGUGCAACAGAAUAGUCUGUAAACACUAUGUGUUAACUAGGGUUAUAUAUUAUUUAUGUAAGAAAAGACACGUUUUGUGACAUUUCUGUUUUGUCAAUGACAAAAUAUUUUCAAUAAAAGUAUGCUCAACAAA